AUGGACAAGGUUACGAAUGUUCGUAACAUGUCCGUUAUCGCUCACGUCGAUCACGGAAAAUCGACUCUCACCGACUCUCUUGUCCAGAGAGCCGGUAUCAUUUCUGCUGCCAAGGCUGGUGAGGCCAGAUUUACCGAUACCAGAAAGGACGAGCAGGAAAGAGGUAUCACCAUCAAGUCCACGGCCAUCUCUCUUUACUCCGAGAUGGACGACGAGGACGUGAAGGAGAUCAAGCAAAAGACCGACGGCAACAAGUUCCUGAUCAACUUGAUUGACUCGCCAGGUCACGUCGACUUCUCCUCCGAGGUUACUGCGGCCUUGAGAGUUACCGACGGUGCUUUGGUCGUCGUUGACUGUGUUGAGGGUGUGUGUGUUCAGACCGAAACUGUGCUGAGACAGGCUCUUGGUGAAAGAAUCAAGCCGGUCGUUGUCAUCAACAAGGUCGACAGAGCCAUGUUGGAGCUGCAAAUCUCCAAGGAGGAGCUGUACCAGUCUUUCUCCAGAACCGUUGAGUCUGUUAACGUCAUCAUCUCUACCUACGUUGAGCCGGUCUUGGGUGACGUCCAAGUCUACCCAGAGAAGGGUACCGUUGCCUUUGGUUCCGGUCUGCACGGAUGGGCCUUCACCAUCAGACAAUUCGCCGUCAGAUACUCCAAGAAGUUCGGUGUUGACAGAUCCAAGAUGAUGGAGAGAUUGUGGGGUGACUCCUACUUCAACCCAAAGACCAAGAAAUGGUCUAACAAGGACAGAGACGCUUCCGGACAGCCAUUGGAGAGAGCCUUCAACAUGUUCGUUCUGGACCCAAUUUUCAGACUUUUCUCUGCUAUCAUGAACUUCAAGAAGGACGAGAUCCCAGUUUUGCUUGAGAAGCUCGAGAUCACUUUGAAGGGUGAGGAGAAGGAGCUGGAGGGUAAGGCUCUCCUGAAGGUCGUUAUGAGAAAGUUCUUGCCUGCUGCUGACGCCCUGCUUGAGAUGAUCGUCAUCCACUUGCCAUCUCCAGUCACUGCCCAAUUCUACAGAGCUGAGACCUUGUACGAAGGUCCAGCCGACGAUGCUUCCUGUCUGGCCAUCAAGAACUGUGACCCUAAGGCCGACUUGAUGCUCUACGUGUCCAAGAUGGUUCCUACCUCCGAUAAGGGUAGAUUCUACGCUUUCGGUAGAGUUUUCGCUGGUACCGUCAAGUCCGGUAUGAAGGUCAGAAUUCAGGGUCCAAACUACGUUCCAGGUAAGAAGGAUGACCUGUUCAUCAAGGCUAUCCAGAGAACCGUGUUGAUGAUGGGAAGAUUCGUCGAGGCUAUCGAUGACUGUCCAGCCGGUAACAUUGUUGGUUUGGUUGGUAUUGACCAGUUCUUGCUCAAAUCUGGUACUCUGACCACCAACGAGGCUUCUCACAACAUGAAGGUCAUGAAGUUCUCUGUCUCUCCGGUCGUCGAGGUUGCCGUUGAGGUCAAGAACGGUAACGAUCUUCCAAAGCUGGUCGAAGGUCUCAAGAGACUGUCCAAGUCUGACCCAUGUGUUUUGACUUCUAUCUCGCCAUCUGGUGAGCACAUUGUUGCUGCCACCGGUGAGUUGCACUUGGAGAUUUGUCUGACCGACUUGGAGAACGACCACGCUGGUGUUCCAUUGAAGAUCUCUCCACCAGUCGUUUCCUACAGAGAAACCGUUGAGGCUGAAUCCAGAAUUGUUGCCCUGUCCAAGUCUCCAAACAAGCACAACAGAAUCUACCUGAAAGCCGAGCCAAUGGACGAGGAGGUCAACCAGGCCAUCGAGUCCGGAAAGAUCAACGCCAGAGACGACUUCAAGCAGAGAGCCAGACUUAUGGCCGACGAGUACGGUUGGGACGUCACCGACGCCAGAAAGAUCUGGUGUUUCGGUCCAGACGGUUCUGGUCCAAACGUCGUUGUCGACCAGACCAAGGCUGUCCAAUACUUGCUUGAAAUCAAGGACCACGUCAACGCCGGUUUCCAAUGGGCUACUAAGGAGGGUCCAAUUCUUGGUGAGACCCUGAGAGGUGUCAGAUUCAACAUCAUGGAUGUGACCUUGCACGCCGAUGCUAUCCACAGAGGUGCCGGACAAAUCAUGCCUACGAUGAGAAGAGCCACCUUUGCUGCCAUGCUUUUGGCUGAGCCAAGAAUCCAGGAGCCUGUCUUCCUGGUUGAGGUCCAAUGUCCAGAGAACGCCAUUGGUGGUAUCUACUCUGUCCUGAACAAGAAGAGAGGACAAGUUGUUUCUGAGGAACAAAGACCAGGUACCCCAAUGUUCACUGUCAAGGCUUACCUGCCUGUCAACGAGUCUUUCGGUUUCACCGGUGAAUUGAGACAAGCCACCGGUGGUCAAGCCUUCCCACAAAUGAUCUUCGACCACUGGUCCACCAUGAACGGUGACCCAACCGACAAGAACUCGAAGCCAGGUGAAAUUGUUACCAACACCAGAAAGAGAAGAGGUAUGAAAGAGGAAGUUCCAGGUUACGAAGAAUACUACGACAAGUUGUAA